AUGGGCUGGAUCUCGCCGAAAAGCGUCAAAAAGAAGGCGACAGGACUCACCCCAGCCGACGAAAAGGAAGAAGAGAAUGAGAGUGAUCGUGAUGACCUCUCAGAAUGCUCCUAUCAGUCAUCGAACGAGGCUUCUGUCAUUCAGCAAAACGAGUACAAUACUGAUCGAGAUCCAGAUGCUGAUUUGCGAAACCUGGAUUGCUUCCACGGAUUUCUGCCACGAUGGGAGGCUGAAGAAAUCCUUAUGCAGACUGGAGACUACCUUGUGCGCAAAAAGGAACAAAAUGAUGAGGUUGUCACGAUUUUGUCGAUUAGAGCCGAACAAACGCCACCAAAAUUUUGGCAUCUCAUCGUACCAAAAGUGGAGGAUAAAUGGAUGGUCACCGAUAGCCUGGCGAUCACUGACUUGGGAGUUUACUUGAGUGGUAAACGCAAUGAUGGUCAACCGAUUUUAGAAAAUGAUCAACGAUCAAUCCUUCGCCAUUCCAUUCCUCGACAAGCUUGGGAGUUACGCAGCAACCAAGUUCAACUCGGCAAGAAAGUGGGUGAAGGUGCUUUUGGAGAAGUAUUUUUGGGAACACUUCAACUUGAUACUGAUCGAUCGUUGCCUGUUGCCGUAAAACGACUCAAGAAUGUCACCGUUCUUGCUGAACAGAAAGAGCAAUUUGUAUCUGAAGCUCGUUUGUGUAGGCGACUUCAUCACGAGAACAUCGUUAAAUUUCGUGGUGUAAUGGUUGAAAAAACGCCGUUUUUGAUGGUACUUGAAUGGGCUGAUGGCGGAUCACUUUUGGACGCUCUGCGCAAAUUUGGCUCUACUUAUAACAAUAUGCAAAAGACGCUGUUUUGUGUUCAAGCAGCUCAAGGCUUUCGCUACUUGGAGAAGAAUCGGAUCAUUCAUCGGGAUAUAGCUGCUAGAAAUUGUCUCAUUGGCAGUGGAAGAGUCAAAGUCUCGGAUUUUGGAUUGUCUUUGUUUUCACAUGAGUUGCGUAAGAUUGACCUCACAACCGAGAUUCUUCCUAUCAGGUGGCUGGCACCCGAAACGUUUUCUUCAUGGGUUUUUUCCAACAAAACUGAUGUCUACUCAUUCGGUGUGAUGAUGUGGGAGGUGUUCGCACUGGGACGUACGCCAUAUUCUGAUCUUGAUUCAAAACAGGUUGCUCAAGGAGUUCUAGGAGGAAUGUAUCUUCAACCGCCUCGCGAUACACCUGAUGGAGUGAGCAAUUUGAUUCUGCUAUGCCAAAGCAAUGAUCCAAUGAAAAGGCCAAACUUUUUGAAGCUGAAGCUCCAUUUGCGCAAAGAAUACGAUAAACUCGCUGGUCGCCGUGGUUUUGUGAACUUCUUCAAGAAGAAAACUUAU